AUGGAGUGCAAAAGACAAUCUGAACUGGAACUUCUAGCCAAACUUGAGGAAAAAAAUCGAGCUCUUUUUUCAGAUGCUAAAGUCGUUCCAUCUUUACAUACUCGUCGACGAGAAGGUUCUUUAUCGAGUAGCAUUUCCACUGGAUCUGGGCAGGAUGAUACACGAAGCAACGGAACAUCUUCGCUGCAGCCUAACGGUAAUGGAACACAUGGGUCGUCGAAAUCGAGUAACGCUUCUGGAGUUUCGAUUCCUUUAAUGAUUGGUUGGACUGUUGGAGCACCAAUUAGCAGUUCUAUUCGUGAACAGUGGGACUAUGUGAUAAAUAAUUGGGAUCAAUGUUCGAAAAAGAAAUCCUAUGUUUCUGAUCUUAUUAAAAAAGGUGUUCCUGAUGAAUUUCGUCCAUUAAUUUGGCAAUUAUACUGUGGAGCUUAUGAUUCAAUUGUUAAAAAACAUUAUCAUAAUUAUUUGUUAGUUAAUUCACCGGUUGAAAAAGCUAUCCGACGUGAUAUUGCACGUACAUUUCCUAAACAUGAUUUAUUUAAAGAUGAAAAUGGUUGUGGUCAAGAAAGUUUAUUCCGUGUAAUCAAAGCGUAUUCAGUUCAUGACCCAGAAGUGGGCUAUUGUCAAGGCUCAGCAUUUAUUGUUGGAUUAUUAUUAAUGCAGAUGCCUGAACUUAAUGCAUUCGCUGUACUUGUUCAAUUAAUGAAUGAUUAUCGACUUCGUGAAAUGUAUAAACCAUCUAUGAUGGAACUUGGCGUUUGUAUGUACCAGUUAGAACAAUUAGUUGCUGAUAAUUUACCCGAAUUGUAUACGCAUUUUCGUACACAAUCAUUUGCACCAAGUUUAUAUGCAUCAGCAUGGUUUUUGACAUUGUUCUCUACUAUUCUACCUAUACCAUGUGCUACACGUGUUAUGGAUUUUUAUAUUGUUGAGGGCCUUCAAUUCAUAUUUAAAUUAGCUUUAUCUAUAUUGAAAUUUUCUGCUGACAAUUUGUUAAGAUGUGAUAUGGAGUCAAUGGUUGCAUUCCUUCAACAUGAAGGACCAUUAGCGUGGGAUAAACAUUCGACUACUAUAUUUGAAAAUGCUUGUUCGCUUAAAUUGAAUACAAAAAAGAUGAAAAAAUUAGCGAAAGAAUACAUGACAAUGCGUAGUCAAGAACGAGAGGAACAAAUUGAAUUACGUCGUCUUCGUACUGAAAACGGAUUAUUAUUACAACGUUUAGCUCGUUUAGAAGAGGAAAGUGGAGUAAUGGCUGAUCGUUUAGUUAAAUGUCAAUUGAUUCGAGCACAAGAAGCUGAAACUACCAUUGCAUUACGUUGUGAAUUAUCUAUAUUAAGACGUGAAUAUGCUAAUUUAAACUCUAAUUCCCAUUUAAUAACUAAUGAAUUUUUAUUGAAUAAUAAUAAUAAUGAUAAUAAUAAUAGUACUGAAAACAAUGAUGAACAACAUAAAUUAUUAUUGAAAUCAGCCACAAUGAAUAAUGAUGAUGUACUACCAAUAAAUGAAAAAACAAUAAAUACCACUAUUUCCAAUACAGUCUCUAUGGAUAAACCAACAAUCACAAAUAUAUCUAACACAAAUCAAAAUUAUAUCAUUAAUGAUACAGUACAUCAAUCACUUGUUGAUGGUUUCUCAUCACCUAAUUAUAAUAUUCAGAAGGAUUAUACUACUAAUCAUACUACUACUAAUAAUACUUGUUCUUCUUUGUUAAAUGAACAACAAUUAAAUAAUUCAUAUGAUUUUUGUACAUUACCAAGAUCAAGAAAUCGUGAUUAUCAAAUAAAAGAUAAUAAUUAUAUUGAAAUGAAAAAUGAUGAAUUAUUAUCAAGUACAGUGAAUCAAUUGCAAACCGAUUUAGUGAAUUCACGUUUUAAUGAAGCAGAUGCUAAAAAAGUAUUACAUGAAUUACGAUGUAAAUUACAUGAAUUAGAAGAGUCAAAAUCGGAUCAAUCACUUCGAUCAACUGAACAAAUUGCUGUAUUAAAAGAUGAAUUAUUUGGUGCAAAACUUCGAGAAACAGAAUUAAUAAAUCAAGUAGAAGAGUUAAAAAGAAGAUUUGAUGAUUUGAAUUCACUUUGGCAGGCACAUCUUGGGAAAUGUAAAGGUGUUAACAAUGAUACAAAACGUUCUUCACUUUGGAUUGGUUCUUUAAACUCACUGGAUUCACAUGAGACGAAUUUUAAAAUGAAAUUUUCUGACCGACUACUUGAAACACGAUUCGUCAAUCAAAUCAGUAGUUUAAAACAACAGAUUACUGAUUUAACUGUACAACGAGAAUUAUCUGAUCGUCGAGCUGAUCGUUUAGAUAAACGUGUCACUGAACUACUCGAAUCACGUACAGCUUUUCAAACAAGAGAACGUGAAUUAACAUUGGAAUUAAAGCAAUUAGAACAGAAAUGUGCUGAUAUAGAAGCAAAGCGUAAAGCCGAUGGUGUUAUGUGGCGUAGUCGUGAAAUGGAAUUUAAAACUCAACUAGCUGAACGUAAACAAGGUUAUUUGCAAUUAGAAUAUCAAUAUGAAAGUCUACUGACAUCGCAACGUCUUCAAUCAAAAACCGAUAAUCAUGAAUUGAUGCUUAGAAAAUCAUCAUUGGAUUCUGAUAAAAUAUUAGAAAUAACUAAUAACACUAAUAGUACCGCUGAACAUAAUGGUAGUAUUAAUAGUGAUAAUAAUAAUAAUAAUGCUAAUCGUUUUACACUUGGUAGUUAUUUAAAAUUUACUCAACCAAAUCCUUCAUCUGAUCCAUCAAAUUCCAUUGUAUCUACACCAAGAUCAACAAUAGAUAACAAAAUAGUAAAUAAUGAUAAAUCAUAUUGUCCUAUCAAUGGUGAAUUAUAUUCACUGUGGAAAGAUUUACCACCAGCUGUUAUGACUGAGUCAAUUGGUCCAUUAGAAGAUCUUUGUCUUAUACCAGAUGAUCCAAUGAUUACAAGUGUUUACUUGCAUUCAUCUUCAUCAGCAACAUCAACUACUACAACAACGACAACAUCUCCACCGUCAACUCCACUAUCUAUUGUAUCGAAUAAUCAUUUCUAG